UGUAGUUAGUGUUAUUAUUGGAGAGAGAGAGAGAGUGAGUGAGAGAGAGAUAAAAGAGGCUGAGAGACAAAGAAGGAUCAAUUGGUGAAGAAAGGAGAGGAAGAAGACGACGACGAAGAUGAUUAUGAUGGUGAUGAUGAGAGAGAAAGUUCGGCAAAAAUAACAAAGGAGCAGAAGGCUCUGAAGAAAGGUCGUUAUUGCUCUCUCUCUCUCUCUCUCUUUCGAGGGAGCUAGACUCAUUCACUGCUCAGUCUCUGCUAAUUCUGGGGCCCCCCCAUCUCCCAGAAACUCAGCGCUUUCUCUCUCUCUCUCUCUUCCCCACCUCAGAAGCUAACUUUUUAUCUCUCAGAAAAGCCAAAGUGACAGUAAUAGUCGUCUUACCAACAGAGCAGCAAAUAGUCGUCUUACCAACAGAGCAGCAGCAGCAGUGAUCUUCUUAAGAGCAAGACAGACAGAAACUAGAAAGCCACCCAACAAACAAGAUCUCUGUCUCUCUCCGCGUAUCAAAAUUUAACUCUUUUUUCUUCUCUAUCUCUAACUCAUAACUUCUCUCUGAGAGAAUUUCAGAAACCCCACUUACAUAACACCUACAGAGAUACAUCCAUAGAUUGAGCUCAGUAUCACAAAUCUCUCUCACUAUAUAUGUAUGUGUCUGUGUUUGUUUGUGUUAAAUAUACACUUCCAGUCAAGAGUGGAUUCUGUUAACAAGACCACCAGUUGUGGCUACUACAAGGAGGUUACCUUCAGAUUCCGGAGCUUUCGCAGACUGGGGGGCUGCGUCUUCCUCCGCCGCGGGUUGCGCUGCCCCGGAUGAGCUCUCCCUCGGCUUUAAUGCCGGACCCACCGCCGCUGGAACCAGCACCGGCCCCACCUCCGGAAUGUGGCAAGCUGCGUCCUCCAGGUCCAUCAAUUACGGCCUCGCUUCCACCGAAAUGGGCAUGGUGGGCCUGCGCGAUCUCUUUGUCGUCGCGCCCGCCUCGUCUUUCCACCACAACAACCAUCACGGCCAUCCCCAUCACCAGCACGACCCCAUCAUGUCCAAUCCUCAUUCCAUCAACGGCUCCAACCCCGCCACUGCACUCGGCAUGGGCGUCGGAGUGGGCGUCAUCCCCCUUCUCACGGCUACUCCGUGUCUCGCUCCCCCGAACAUCGGUGUCGAAGAUGAGAACAAUGCGCUGAGUAACACAAAUCGGGGUGGUGGAGGGAUUCAGUUCUGGCAGAAUAAUCAGCAAACCCAGCAUGGGCACUAUUUCAAGAAACCCACGAUUCUUGAUCAUCAAGUUGGUUCUGGGAAUUUGUUGCAAAGUGGUGGCAACGGUGUGGGUGGGAUCGGUGGGUCGGCAACGACGACGUCUUCAACAGUCACAUGCCAGGACUGCGGUAACCAGGCCAAGAAAGAUUGCAGCCAUGGAAGGUGCAGGACUUGUUGCAAGAGUCGCGGUUUUGAUUGCGUCACCCAUGUCAAGAGCACCUGGGUCCCAGCCGCUCGGCGAAGGGAACGCCAGCUCAUGACUGCGUCCGGUUCUGCAGCCGCUGGCUCUUCUGGGGCUACCUCUUGUGCCAAGAAACCUAGACUCAUCACCUCGCAAACCACCUCUCAUACUUCCACUUCUAAUACAACUCCCCCAAGAAGCUUUGAUACUAGUUCCAGUCACCAAGAUGGGACUUUUAAAGAGGCAUUGCCUGGGCAAGUACGUGCACCAGCUGUUUUCAAGUGCGUACGAGUGACGGCUGUGGAAGACGGCGAUGAUGAGUACGCGUAUCAGGCGGUUGUAAAGAUCGGCGGCCAUGUGUUCAAAGGGUUUCUAUAUGAUCAAGGGAUUGAAAAUAGAGAUGGGUAUCCUAAUAUAUCUGAAUUGCAUCUCGGCGGCGGUGGCGGUAGUAGUGGUGGAGGUGGGGGGAGAAAUGGGGCCUCCUCGUCUUCCCCAAUCCUUGACCCUUCUGAUGUUUAUGCAGCCUCUGGCCGGGGACUGCUUGGAGGUUCAAGCUAUGGUAAUCCAAUAAAUUGAAGCGUUUUCUUUCUCCGAGAAUAAGGUAGUCGAUCGAGGGACUGGGAAGGAAUGCAGCUCUUCUUCUUCUUCUUCAUCUUCUUCUGUUUUCCACUUUUUCAUAUGCUUUUGCAAAAACUGUUUCAUUAUUUAUAUAUUCUUGUGUCUUAGUAACAUAUCAUGUCAUGCUAUCAUAUUUUCAGCUUCUUGGAUUUUA